AUGGCUGCCUCUCGCCUAGACCAGUUGGUCAAGGGUGCACCGCCGCCAGACGCACACGUUCCCUUCAAUGACUCUCCAGCGCCCUUGCCCAGAUCCUAUGUUGAAGGAUCAAAGAAUACGACGGAUUCCCGACCUACCACACCGGACCCGCUCUCGACCUUACCCUCCUCUCCGCCGCAGAUAUACCUCAAUUUACUGAUCCUCGAAAGCUCCUUGCGCGCGCAGUAUUUGGCGUUGCGAGAGCGUCGCCGACAAAAUACAUUCUUUCUCCUGCUGUUGGCGUUAUGGAUUGCGUAUUUUUUCUAUGCACUGUUUAUGCGACCUAGAGAAGAUGGCAGCGGCGUAGGAGGCUCAGUAUAUUGGAUGGUGGAAACAGCCGAGAAGGUGGCGUUCAUGGGCGGCAUUGUUACUGGUAUCCUGGUUUGGGGAACAGGACAAUGGGAACGGGGGAUGCGAUGGCCACGGCGCUGGUUCGCCGUUGCCAAUCGAGGCUUAAGGGGGAUGAAUACGAAGAUAGUCUUGAUUCGCGGGCCAUGGUGGAAGGAGUUGUUGUCACUGCUUUCUUUUAUCUUCCCAUACUCCUCGCUGUUCCAAUCACCAAAAAAUUUUCAGUAUGUUGAGCUACAUUCAUCUGAAAAGCGCGCUGCCAGACAGCACCACUCGGUUCAUGACCACGAUAGCGACUCGGCUUUUAUCGAAGAGGAUCUGGCACCUGGAGGAGACUACAUCAAACUAUUACUUCUACCCAAAGCAUUCUCUCCCGAAUUCCGCGAAAAUUGGGACGAGUAUCGAGCUGACUACUGGGAGAAAGAGAACGAAAGACGUGCACAACUCCGCCGUAAAGUACACGAGCGAGAACGGCAGCGAGCCCGCCAAGAGGGUGGUUGGCUGUGGUGGCUGCCCUUCAGAUGGUCACGUUCGCGCAGGCAUCACCAACAUCAGCAUCACCGGCAAAUUUCUAGUGUUGCCAAAACACAGGAAGGCCGAGCCCGCCGCAAUACUCGCUCCAACUCGCAAUCGCUUCAUACUCGGGGUCUGUCUCGGAGCUCGACUCCUGAGAGCACCAUCUCUACUGCAACGGAGCCACAAGGUCACAGGCGCAAAAAGAGUAUAAGGCCGUCGAGUUCACGAGGUCCUUCACCUUUAACCCCUCAGGUCUCGAAGCGGGACUCGAUGAUAUCAAUAUCUUCCACGGCAUCGGACGAUUCCUUCUUGCCAGGACCUAGAUAUAGACGAAGCUCGCCGGACGUCAAUGCGGCGGCGGAAGCUUGA